GAAAAAAUGUUCCUCUUAUUUUGGUCCUUCUGCGAGAAAAGUCUGGAGAGAGAGAGAGAGAGAGAGAGAGAGAGAGAGAUGGCAGCAGCGGAGGCUCCGAGGAUUUUAUGGGACGAGAGGCAGCAAAGAUUUGAAACGGAAGACAAGAAAGCGUACUUGCAGUACGAGCUUAAAGAUGGAGGCAAGGUCAUGGAUAUUGUCCAUACCUUCGUCCCUUCCACCAAGAGGCGUUUAGGGUUGGCUUCUCACCUGUGUGAUUGUGCCUUCAAUCACGCCAAAUCUCAUUCUAUGUCUGUCAUCCCCACCUGCUCCUACGUUUCAGACACCUUCCUUCAACGGAACCCAUCUUGGAACGCUGUCUUGUACUCGAAUACCAAAUCUAGUGUCUAGCCUUUGUACGUUGUACCACUGAACGUCUUGAAAGUGGAAACCCAAGCACAAGUUUCUUGGGCCUGGUCGCGUUGCUAUAAAUUAUUCUGUACUGUAUGGCGAUAAGUUUCCCCACAACAUUUCUUUUGACGGAUGAAACUAUUCAGUAUUGUUAACAGAGUAAUUAUAACUAUUUGUUUCCUA